UGAUAUGAGGUAGGAACUAAGUGAUCGGAGGCACGUUUCGCGUCGGACCCGUGUUGCUGCUGCACACCGUGACGUCACUGAUCUGUGGUACCGACCGGUGAGGCAGGUGAGCUGUGAUGGAAGGGGCGGGGUCGACAGGAGUUGACCUCAGCAGGAAGUUUGUGUCCCAAUCGGAGCUUGAUGAGAGGAGGAAGAAGAGACAAGAGGAGUGGGAGAAAGUCCGCAAGCCAGAGGACCCCCCAGAGGCCCCGGAGGAGGUCUACGACCCUCGGUCCCUCUACGAGCGACUGAAGGAGCAGAAAGAUAAGAAACAGGAGGAGUUUGAAGAGCAAUUUAAAUUCAAGAACAUGGUGAGAGGAUUGGACGACGAUGAGACCAGCUUCCUGGACGAGGUCUCCCGGCAACAGAGUCUGGUGGAGAAGCAGCGCAGAGAGGAGGAGAAGAAGGAGCUGCUGGAGUACAGAAUAUCCUUCGCUGUCUCUUGGUCUCCUCCACUGGCGCCAGAUGUCGCGGCCGACGGCGCUGAACCAGAGAAGAAGGCGACACACAAACACUCGGGCUCGGAGCAGAGAAGCAGCCUGCUGUCUCAGGCUCACCUGUUGGCAGGAGCAGUGAAGAGGCGCAGCUCCUCUCAGACAUCAGACGGCAGCAAGAAACAGAAGAUGGAGUUGACAACCACGUCGGGACUCGCAGAGCAGGAGGCGGGAGCAGCGAGGGCCGUUGAAGAGCCAAACCCGGUUCCCCGGCUGAUGCCAGAGAGCCACACCACAGCCCUGAGCUCCAGUCAGGGCGUGGUGCACCUCCCGUCGGCCGCCGUGUGCGUAGGUGUGUUACCGGGCCUCUCCGCGUACUCGGGCAGCAGCGACUCGGACAGCAGCUCGGACAGCGAAGGUAGCGUGGACGCAAUCAUGUUGCCGUACCCUCGCCACACUCGCGCCUACAGAUAAACACACACACACACUUGUGCACGCAUCAGCGUUUCCUGCUGUCACUGCUGACGGCUACCGUAAUGAUCCUAAUAAAGUGCUCCAGUCAUUUCUCCACUUCCACCUGAUGAUCUUUGUUUCUCCGUUCUCUGUUUAACCUCAACGUGACACACCCCCUCCCUUCCUUUCCCCAAUCACAUCUCACGCAGUCUAAGACGAGAGCCGGCGACAUCCCGCUCCCUCAAACAGUCCCGCUCGCAGCGCGAGCCACAGCUGUUGGCUGAGGGAGCCGCGCAGCACGGAAGAGACUGCUAACACUGUGUCUCUCUCACCUUUAGAGAGCCACUUGGCUCAGAACUCACCUCACUCUUCUUCAAGUUUUUGUCAUGUUCUCUUGUUGCUGCUGGUCCAUUUCCCAGGAAUAAAGAGUUGUUGUGCGGUGGUGUGUUGACCCUUUUGUGCAGACGUGUGUGUGUGUGUGUGUGUGAAGAUGUGAAUGGUCUCUCAUGCACCAGUAUCCAGUCAUGAGUUAGAUCUGGUUGGAAGAACUGAAGACACCAGCUUGUAUUCGUGGGGAGCAUCUGUGGCUUGUUGACUGACACCAUGAGGACUUUAUUGGAACCAAACACAAACUCCUACUUGGCACAAAGAUGCACAGAUGUACCACAAACGUAGCGGGGCAGCUGCCCUCCACAGUCCUCUGCAUUACAGCUUCAGGUUCUUUACGGACCGUACGGCCCUGCCCAGUCAUCAACCAUGUAAAAAGCAUGCGGAGUAAAGCCAAGCCUUUCGUCUUCCCGUGGGCCGCGUGAGCUCCGCCCACAGCGCUGAGAACGUAGCUCUUCUGACCACGAGGAAACUGAUACAGCACAAGGUUGUUGUUCACGUCCCACCAAUCACAAGACACAUGCAGCACUAAAAGCAAAAGCAUCCCUGUACGUCCAAGUGCCACCUCGCACAAACACAACACCAAUAAUGUUGGACCAAAAGGAACUGAAAACCCCAAAACCUGGCCAGUGCCGUCCGCAGGUGACUUCGGGCUGCUUCCCAAACAAGAGCGUUUCGAAGUGGCCUGAGGUUUGGCCACUGUGUCACUCUGGCGCCGGGUUGAUGGGCGGGAGGUUCCUCUGUUUAAAGUACUGGGUCACCUGCUGCGGCAGCUCGGCCAGGACCGACUUGGCCAGGGUCUCCUUGGGGGCCUGUCAAGAGAAGGUCAGCACCUGUACAGAGCUCACCGGAGCGGAAUGGAAGUGAAGCCAGCACUCACAUUCCUGAAGUCUCUGAAGGGGACGAACUGCACGAUGUCCCGGACCGCCUCCUCGCCCG